AUGAAACCUAGACAAGUACUCUCGGGCCAUGGCUGUUUCGGCUCGUACCUGUACAAGAUCGCUCAGAGAGAGCCGACGCCGGUAUGCCACGCUUGCGGAGCUGGCGAAGACACGGCCCAACACACGUUGGCCGAGUGUCCGGCAUGGGAGGCGGAGCGACAGGAGGUGAUAGCCCAGGUGGGGCCAGACCUCUCGCUGUCGGCGGUGGUGCGGGCCAUGGUGGCUAGCAAGGAAGGGUGGGAGGCUCUGCUCUCGUUUAGUGAGCACGUCCUCAAUGAGAAAGAGGCGGCCGAGCGCGAACGGGAAGCCCAGGCCGAGGCACCCCCGAUGCGCCGCCGUCGCACAGGACGCAGGCGUGCCGCUCACGAGCGGAACCUGCCACCCUAA